GCAGCGCUACUCUUGUGAAACCACCACCACCGUUUCAUUGAUUCACAGACUUUAAACACACAACAUGCAAACAAGAAGGUAAUGACAGGUCUCAUUGUAACUAUAUUAAUAACAAUUGCCUGUGACAGUUAAGAUCUACUAUAUCUCAAAGGAGAGAUAUCAACGCUGUCUCUGAAGGGAACUUGGAUACAACAUCUAGGAUCUUUUUUUCUCCACUCUCUAACACUUAUAGAUCAUCAUCUACUGUGUAUUUUUCUAUUCGGAUACCUGCACGUUGCCAUUUAUGUCAGACUAAAUAACUGCUAUGACAGGGAAACUGGCGGACAAGCUCCCUCUUACCAUGAGCAGUUUAAUAAACACGAUUCCUGACAGUCUUUACCCAGAAGAGGACAUUCCGACGUCUAUGAACAUUUUCACCAAUACGGAUUCUAUAAACCACUACUCGCAAAUGAAUACAGAUAAUAUCAUGGAUCUGGGGAUGGGAAGUGAUAAGGGAAAUGCAGAGAUCCAGUACGGCUCUAGCUUCCAGUCCAGCCGCAGCGGGCAGCCGGUCACCUAUUUGGGGAAGUUUGCCUUCGAUACUCCUCCGUCGGGUGGAAUGGGGGGCUCUGGCUGGUGUUCAGACAACAAUAUCAUUAGUUUAGUAAGUGCUGGGAUCUUGGGCGUCUCCCCGUCGCCUGGCACUAUCACCACACAGACAUCGUCCUCUGGAGCCAGCAUGGGCGGCCAGUCCUCAGAUAUGGAGCAGGUCUAUGGUCCGCCACUGCCUGCUUAUUCCACCUGCAGCGAGCUCUACCAGGAUCAGGUCUCCUUCCACCACAGUCCUGCUACCAGCACUACCCUCGGCUACCCCAGCAAUGACUACCACACCACCUCCAAGCCCUCCAUGGACGGGAGCCUUUUCUCUAUGAUCCCAGACUAUAACCUCUUCCAUCAUCAGGGUGAGGUUGGCAUGAUGGAGCACAAGCCUUUCCAGUCCAUGGACCCCAUUCGUGUCAACCCCCCACCCAUCACACCACUAGAGACCAUUCGCGCAUUCAAAGACAAGCAGAUUCAUCCAGGUUUCAUGGGCGGGCAGCAGCAUGCUCCUCAGCACCACCAGCCACCACAGACACUAACACUCAAACCAAUCCGACCACGGAAGUACCCAAACCGGCCCAGCAAAACCCCUGUGCAUGAGCGGCCACAUGCCUGCCCAGCAGAAAACUGUGACAGACGCUUCUCCCGUUCAGAUGAACUGACACGCCACCUCCGCAUCCACACGGGUCACAAACCCUUUCAGUGCCGCAUAUGCAUGCGCUCCUUCAGCCGAAGUGACCACCUGACUACCCACAUCCGCACGCACACGGGCGAGAAGCCCUUCUCCUGUGAAUUCUGUGGACGCAAGUUUGCCCGGAGUGAUGAGCGCAAGAGACAUGCCAAAGUUCACCUCAAGCAGAAGGACAAGAAGCCGGCCGACAAGGGGAGUGGAGCAGCUGGCAGCCACAGCUCACCCCCCAAUUCUUGUGGUGGCAGUGGGGGGCCCAGCGGUGGCAACAUCAUGACUGUCACUACCUGUGCUUAGGAUGGACCAACACCAUGCCCUAACAUAAGACUGGGGAGGGAGGGAUCCUAUCCACAAUGAGACAAAUAGGUGACUCUUUCUCUCUCUUUUUCUCUUACACUCCAUCUCUUUAAUUUUUUAUUUCCAUGUAAUAUUUCCCUCCUCUAUUUGGAGAUGUUAUCUUGUAAGAGUAUGGGAAGAAGAGGACAUAGACAGGAGAGACAGCAACUGUGUGAAUGUUUGCAAGCAGAGGCGCAUCAUGGCACCGGCUGUCCAAGAGGAUAUGGCAUAUCUUUGAUAAUGAAAUUCAAGUUUCUGAAGUGAUACUAUAUCAUGUAUUGUGUUUUCUGAGAAAUUCACCAAAAAUAUUGGAUGUGAUGGGAUUCCAAAAAAUGAUGAUUUGGGUUUAGAUUGAAUUACAACUGGGCGUAGAAUAAGGUGAGCUAUGUUUGGGAUGUAUGCAUUUAUUUCAUCUGGUUGUUUAAAAGUGCAAUUGGUUGUAUUUGUGUACUGUUGUUGAUACCUUAUUUGCUGCACUUUCCAUUGCCUUGUCUUUUUGUUGUAAAAUACUUUUUUACACAUAUUUUUUAUUAUUAUUAUUGUUUCUCAAAAGAAUGUGCCAAACGUUUUGGGAUAAUACUGCUAAGUUUGUUUUCUUAAUUGUGCCUGGGAUUAACCAAACAUUACAAAUAUAUAAACUAUGUUUCCGACAUUGAUUUAAGGCAGAUUGUUAACAUUAGCCCCAAAAUACUAAAACUUGUUAUUUUAUUAUAAUUUGAGCAAUUAUAAUUAUCACAGUUACAACUCAGUUGGUCAAAAUCCCUUUGCUAUAAACUCAAAAACAUCAGCAUAAAAAAAAUCCCAUUAAUAUUGGUUUUGUCCAUCCAAACCCGAUCCUGUGUUCAAUGGACCAGUCUUUGGUGGUAAUCUAUUGUCGUCUGAUGCACACUAAAUCAAAUGGAUUGCAACAUUAAUGUUAAAUCUUCAUGAACUGAUGAAGAAUGUAACAUAUUCACUACAAAUUACACGAAUCCAUGACAGAAAGCUUAUCAAGAUACCCAAGAUAAAACAAAAAACUAUAUUUUAAGUUUAGUGCUUAUGUUUCUUUAAAAAUAUAUAUAUUACCGUCUAUCUUCCAAGGGUUCCCCUUGGUCACAUUUAUAUGUGUAUUUAAAGACACACUCGACCAAACUUGAAGUGAAAUGCUAAGAGUGCAGAGAAUAAGACUGAAACAUUGAAAUACCUGCAUCUAUACUACAAGUCAACAUUUCUGAAUAACAGCAGAGAUGAAGAGGGCCUUUAAUCUGUGCAUUCACUGAGAGACCUGCCAGUUAUAUUCAUGUAAUUAGAGAUAUUGUAAAAUAAAAUGUUUUGCAUAUUGUUACAAUGAGCAACAUCUUUAAGAAAUACUAUAGAAUCUACAUGGUAUUGCCAUGUUUACACCUACUAUUUUGAGAGAUCCUGAAUUUAAAAUGGUUAUUAUUUUUUGUAUAGUGAGAGAUAUACACAGGUACUUCAACUUUUAUACUCAGACUGUCAAAGGCACCAUAUACUUCAGUAUUAAAUUGUGCAUUUGUAUGCAUGUGUAUGUAGAAGUACAAUAUAUAAAAACAAAUGUAUACAUACGCACAUUUCUUAUUGACUGAAUGCUUGUGCAGAAGGGGUCUUAAAAUGCUUAUUGUAAAGUAAUGAUAAUGCAGAAAGUUUUGUGAACACAAGUCAUUGCACAAGACUUGAGCAUUGACAGUGCCAAAUGGGGUUCAUUAUCUUCCAUUUCAAAACGAUCUAAUAUUAUUUGUACCUACUAUAGGGUACUUAGCAGAAAGUGGUUUGAGGAAACACUAAAUGUGUUCUUAAACUAAAUAAACAAAAAUCUGAACAAAAAUCUUUGUAUUUCAAUUGCAAACAAGCCUGUAAUGUAUGGAUUCCAAAGUUCAGACAAAUAUAUUGAAAAAAAGAAGCCUAGUACACAGUAUGCAACAUUUUUCACUAUCCACGUGGAUUUUUAGAUCAGUAAGGCAAUAUCAGUAUGCAAUAUACAGUCUUACAAGUGGCAAGUCUGGCAUUGACUGAAGGCUACGCUACUUGAAUUACUUUAGAUUCAGAUAAAUACAUUUCUUACAAUAAUCUUGGGUCACACUGAUUUAAAAAAUGCACUCAUAUGUGUGUCAAAUAUAUAAAAUCAUUAAACAAGUAGUCAAAUAAGUCAAAUUAUAUAAACUUAUAAUUUCAUUAAUGAUAACAAUGUAUAGGUAAUAAUGUACUAAAAUACAUUUGAGGGAUGUAAAUCCAAACUGUUUGGGAAUUUAUCCACUACAUUUGAUUGUUCUCUUCACUGUGCUCAAUGCUCUAGUCAGCUUUGGUCUUGGCGUUUCUCUGAUUCCCCUGAAAGGGCAGUUAUUUUACCCCUCCACUCCCAUCUGGCCCUGUGUGCGAUAAUUAAUGCACCAUAGUCGAAUGUGUUCUCUGUGUGUUUGAUAUGGAUUACUUAUUGUCAUAGCAGCUGUGCCUGAUAGCAAAAACUUUCACAAAUCUUGAUUGAAAAUUUCAACAAAGGUCAAAAACAAGGAUUUAUAAAUGCGUUGCUCACUAAAUUACAGCAUUCUCCAAUGUGCUUCCAAGGCCACAUUUCCUCUUUCCUGUGCAAACUGGUUUUCAUUGCUAGGCUUCCUGGCAAGUGUCCACUUAUUUUCCAAUUAAUUUGGCCCCAGAGUGUCUUUCUCCAGUUCAUCUACUGUAAAUGGGUAAAUGAACAGACCCCUUGCAUUGUCUGACAGACUUGGUGAGUUCACACAUACAGUAUCAUCUAACUUAUUAUUUAAAUCAAUUGCUUUCUGAAGUGCAUUUUAGGACAGUUGUAUUCCUGGUGCCAAUUAUUAAUAUUUCCGGGACUUUGCUUGAGCUAGUUUGAUGAAUGGCAGGAUUUUAAAAAGGAUAGUUCACUGAUCAUGAUUAGUUAGCAAGUGAAUAGUAGUAAGUGAAAAAAUAAACGAUAUAGAAGGGGAAUGUAGAUGAUUACAGUCCAUCUAUAAUGAUACUCAAAUAACACUGGUCUGUAUUGAUUCAAAACAUGUAUCAUUUGAAGUGGGAUUUGCCUUAAGCUAAGUGAAAGUGUAUAAAACUGUAUGUAUGGCUUGGAAUAUUCAGUUAUGGCCUCUAAUGUUAAAAGUGUGUGCAUAAGCAAGUGUAUCCAUCUUAACUUCUCUGGUUAAUUGAAGGGAUGAAAUUCUCAACAGCUGAGAUGGGAUUGGCUCACAGGUGGAAAAGGCAAAUACAAUCUAUACUGAACAAAUAUAUAAAUGCAAUUUGCAACAAUUUUACUGAGCUACAGUUCAUAAAAGGAAAUCAGCCAAUUGAAAUAAAUUAAUUAGGCCCGAAUCUGUGGACUUUACAUGAC